AAGAAUAUUAAGUCAAAAGAAAAAUUUGGUUUGCUUACUACUUGCUUGCUUUAGAGUUGAAGCAGCUUUUUCUUCAGCAAAGUUUAACGAUAUUCUUACAAAAGAAAUCAAUUCUUCCUUCGAUUAUACAAUAAUUUUUCUUUAAUAACUUUUGAUAACUUUUAAUAACUUUUCUAGAAUCUGUAAUAGAUAUAUUUUAACACUAGUAUCAAGGAAAUAUUUCUGAUUGCGAAUAGUCAUACUACUUCAAAGGAGGAGAGAGUAUAAACUGAGCAAGCGCUUUUCUUAGCAGCAGAAUGAUACUUUUCUGUGUGCACAAUGCGAACAUCGUUCUUCGAUGUAUAAUUUGAUCAUCGCGUAAUCGCUCAAUGCACCGUAUCAGCAUUGAUUGCCGCGUAACAAUUAAAAGUGCUAACUUAUUACAAAAACUCAAGUGGCUUAAAUACACAAUAAACACGGAGUCACGCGUUCCAAGAAAGAUAAAUGAUCUAUUAACUUCCAAAGAAAUUAUAUUGUGUCAUUGUUUUUUCUCCUCUCGUGAUCACAAAACCCAUUUUUCUUACGCGUCAGUUGCAGUUAGUUAAUCGUAAAAAUUACUCCAGUGGAAUGAAUCAUUUCGCAAACAUGCUGUACGAAGUCAACUGUUCGGUACGAUCGUGGAAAUUUGCCUUACACACGUACGCAACACAGAUGCGUCACGACGUGUCGAAGGUACCGUCUGGUUGAAACAUCUGCAUUAUGCAUUAAAUAGCUUUCGCGUGAACAUGUAUGUGUUUGCAUAUACAUGUCACUUGUAUUUUUAUCUUUUGUUGUUGCAUUCAACAACACUUACGGCGUAACUUGCAGUCUACGUUUACGUCUCUGUGUUUUGAGAUAUUUUUAUUCUUUUCUUUUCUUUGUUUCUUUACAAUUUUGUUUCCUCACACAGUCAAACAGUCCUCAUGCAGUUAAAUCUCUGGCACAACUACACUCAGAAAAUGGUCUCUCAGAAUCGUAGCGAAAAUAAUCUAGAGACGAUAAAUGAGCUAAAGCGGAUGAAUAAUUAGCAAACACCGCGAUAUUACAUAUGUUUCGUAUUUAAUCAACAUAGAUAACAGAGACAGAAUUGAUAUUUAAAUUAUUCAUGAAAAUUGACCAAGAAAGUCCUUCUAUGUGGCAUCUAUCCAAAUUAUCAUGUUUGCUAUCAACGUUACAAUGACAUUUUUCCUCAUAUAUUCACAUUAAGUAUGUUUGUGUAUGUAAUUGUAUAUGUUUUGCACAAACCCUAUAUAAACCCUAUAUAAACCCUAUAUAUGUUUUAUACAAUUAUAUAAAAAUAAAUGUAAUGUGAUUCGUGAAGACAAUUCGCCAAAUAAAUGAUAGCGAACGUGUUAAAGAAAUUAUUAAUUAUUUGUAACGAUAAAUUCUAUGUACUACAGACAAUUUUUUAGCAGAUAUAAAAAACAGCGAUAAAUUCUAACUGCGACAUUUUGAAUUCUAUCUGGACCAGCAAAACAUUUUUUCGAAUAAACGACAUCCAUGAUUUAUUAAUUAUUUCAUGACGCAGCUGUGUGUGCGGAUUCGACAUUAUUUUCAUGUGUUGUGAACAUUUGCGGCACGACUUGCAGUCUGCCUCGUCGUUUCCGCGACGAGAAUUCUCACCUAUUCCCUGGAAUUUCCCGUUGGCUCUUACGUGACACUUUUGAUUACCGAAACGGAACGUUUCCGUUUUACGGGGCGCGUUUCUCGCGAUAAUUAUCUGUCUAACUACUAACGAACUGUUUGAAAGAGCACUCGAAUUCGACGAUUCCGUUGGAAUGUAAGAUCUAUUGAUUUGUGUGAUCUAUUGACACGAGAGGCAAUAACAGACUCGCGCGUUGCAAUCGCAAGAGCGCGUUAUCUAAUGCAGACUGUAGUGUUCUUUCUACAUUUUUGUACGACAUUUCAGCAGUCCGUUUCAUUGUGAGCCGCAUCGAUAAUGACGCGGCAUAAUCGCUGAAGAUUGACAGGAUUGUGAGUUGGCAUUCACUACUGUUCGUUACAUAAGUUGCAAAUGGCGAAUGUCAUCAACGGCAUUUGUAAAUUUUACAUCGACUCACUUAUUUAUCGGCACGAGUAUCCUCAACGAUCCAGUAUCCGUAUUAUUGCGAGCAUUACUAUUAUUGCAAGUUAUACCGUAAAUAUUGUUGAAGGCAACAACGAGAGGUAAAAAUACAAGCGAGAUAACCCGCACAAAUUGUUUCGCAUAAUUGCAGCUCAGGAUAUAAUUAGCCAUAAUUACGAAAUAUGUUAUUUGGCUAUUUCUUAAGUAACGAUCGGUUAGCUGAUAAUCGGUUGACGGUUAUUUGCUCAGUACUUUACGUGGUAUUUAUAGUUGUGAGUUCGCAAUGUGAAUCGACAGUGCUCGUAUUGUUCUGUUCCGCCGUAGUUCCCUCAAAACGCAAUAAUAAAACGUACUUGGCGCCUUGCAAUCGUAACCUGAAGGAUAUCUCGAUUAGGAUCGUUUAAAUCCAUUAAAAAUGGAGCUGAACAGCAACCCUAUCGCGACUUCGCCGAAGAAUUCCGUUCACGGUGAUGAGACCACUUUCAAGCAACCGCUCGGAAAUGGCGGAACGUACGGGGCAUUUCAGUCGAAGGAUCCUAUCUUGGCGAUGGAGAAGGGCGACGAUGUCAAAAGAGGAGGCACUAACGAGCACGGCAUUACCGUACACCAUCCCACCUCGUACCUGGAAACCAUGAUGCAUCUGUUCAAGGGUAACGUCGGCUCGGGGAUCUUCGCGUUAGGAGACGCUUUUAAGAACGCGGGAUUGCUGUUGGCACCGCCGCUCACGAUCCUCCUCGGUAUCAUCUGCGUGCACGCCCAACAUAUCCUCAUCAAAUGCAACGAAGAGGUGACACGUCGUGUCGGCGACGGCGACGGCGCGAGCGGAUUCGCCGGCACCGUGGAGAUGUGCUUCGCCACUGGACCCCUCGGCCUCCGUAGAUAUUCAUCUCUAAUGAGAAAAUUGGUUAAUGUGUUUUUAUGCGUCACGCAACUCGGAUUCUGCUGCGUGUAUUUCGUUUUCAUUUCCACAAAUAUGAAACAGGUGUUAGACGUGCAUGGAAUCGAGAUGGACGUUCACCAGCACAUGGCGGUGGUUCUGAUUCCCAUACUGCUUAGCACCUGGAUCAGAAAUCUCAAGUAUCUAGUGCCACUGUCCUCGGUGGCGAAUUUCCUCGUGAUGGCGGGUUAUAUCGCCACCAUGUACAUCAUGAGUCACGACGUGCCGUCCAUAAGUGAGAGAAGAUACGUCGCGGACUGGCAUGAGAUACCUCUGUUCUUCGGUACUGUGAUAUAUUCCUUCGAAGGUAUUACUCUAGUACUGCCACUGAAGAAUGAGAUGAAGAAUCCCAACAAUUUUAGCAAGCCACUGGGUGUUCUGAAUGUUGGUAUGGUGAUAGUCGGCUCUAUGUUCGUCGCAAUAGGUUUCCUGUCGUAUUUGAAAUACGGCAACGAGGUCGCCGGUUCCGUUACGCUCAAUCUCGAUUCAGCGAAGAUGGUGGACGGCAAAGUCAUCCACGGUUACUCAAGUCUGCCGCAAUGCAUCAAGACCGCCAUCUCAUUGAGCAUAUUGCUCACGUACGCGCUGCAAUUUUACGUCCCGAUCGCGAUAAUGUGGCCCGGCAUCGUCAGCCAGUUCGGUCCCUUCAAGUGGCCGGUGCUCGCGGAGAUUAUUUUCCGUUCCGCCAUGUGCCUUAUCACGUUCAUUCUGGCGGAGGCGAUACCGGAACUGGGUCUCUUCAUAUCCCUGGUUGGCGCAGUCAGCAGCACCGCACUCGCCCUCGUGUUCCCGCCGAUCAUCGAGAUAGUCGUCUACUGGCAAAACGCCAACCUCGGUUUCUUCACGAUCGCGAAGGACAUGACGAUAGUGCUGAUCGGCGUGUUAGGCUUCGCUACGGGAACGUAUGAGAGCGUGACGUCGAUCAUCAAGGCGUUUAGCAAGUGAGCGCGCGCGCGCGUGUGUGUGUGUGUGAUGACUGGGCGAUUUAUAUUAAUUGUAUUCGAGUGGAUAAGCUUGAGACACAACGCGAUCAAGGAUCGCGCAAGAGGGCAAAAGUUAAAGACCGCAACAUUCGCUAAUUAAUAAUAAUUUUGUCGUCAAGAAAUCAGCAGUAUCUACGACAUCUCAUAUUUGUGAAGGAGCACCAAAGACAGAUUAGCUGAGCCAUUACUGAGACUGGCUAGCGCAAUCUUCCUUCAAUUGGUAUAAGCCGAUGAUAAAAAAAUUUAAUCAAUAUGUAAACAGAUUUAUAAAUUGAUAAAGAUUUAUAAUUGAUAAAUGAUAAAGUAAACUCCAAUUUCUAACAGAGAAGGGAAAAUGGCACAAAAAGAUUAAAUGGAAAUUAUUAUUCUCUUCUUGACAGAGUGAUUGUUAGGUCGUUUAUCAGCAAUUGUGUCUUGAAUAUUUGUCUUUUUGAAAAGUAUUCAGUCAUAUGUAUUCCGACCGCAUAUUCAGCGCUAAAAAUGCAGCCGUCCGCUUUGCGACAGAAUAUCCUGCACGCGACACAAAUAAAUCUUAGAAUCAUCGGGCCAUAUUUAACGGUAAAUAUGACGUCCGGGAUACGGCCCGAUUUCACUUGUUAAGGCGCGCGGUUUUAAUGAACCAUGACAUCUACGAUAUCUCCGCGUGAAUCGAGAAAAAAGGAAACAACUCCUGGAGACAACAAAGGAGAAAACUCCUGUCACUUCGCACUUCCAGAUCGUAUGCGAUUGUAGUAGGUGUUGGCAAUCCCUAAGGCACGAUUAAAAUGUUAGCCGCUCUAUGAUGAUAAUUUAUGUGUGAUACCAAUAGUCGUAGCGAUAAGACGUAACGCAGGUUGUGGAGGUCAGUGUGAUCGUUAUCGAUAUCGAGUUGAUAUUAUUAAUAAGUCUUUCGGACAGCGCAGAUAUGUCCGCGCGCUCGGAACAGAUUGCGCAGGCCGUCUUUGUGUUGUUCGAGCGCAUCGUGUUUUAUUUAUGCGUUUAAUAAGUCUCGUUGCGUAGGCGGGGGAGAGAACCAACUUUCAGAGAGGAGCUUUCAGAGAGAAGCUUUCAACUUCUACGCGUAUACAAUACUUCGAAGUACAAUAUGUAGUUUGCACGAAGCAAGGAAAAGGAGAAAAGGACAGGACAAAAAUAAAAAGAGAAACGCAUCGAUCCUUUCUGUAAUUCUGCAAUUACGCAGCUUUCUCGUAGUGGCAAAGCGAUUAGAACGCGUAGCUUCGUUGUAGUACUUGUAAUUCUUACAUUAGAGCGUUUUCACUUAGCGAAUUGUCUUUUUAUUCUAAUUUCUCCGAGGUAGAAUGCGAACUGUUAAGCGGCGAGAUUAGCCUAAUGUAUCCGACAAUUAAUUCGAAUGAACGACGAUUACACUACUUGCGAAUUAACGAGUGCAACUCACGACGUGAGGCAUAUUCGAGUUCUAAACGCUAUUAAAUUCCCACCGAGAAUGAAAAUUGUACUGAUAAUUGUGUGUCGUCCUAUAAAGAGAAUUGCAUAUUCUGGACGUAUUAAUAAACAAAGCACCUGUAACUCUUUUUAUUCGUGAUACAAGUUGAAGAAGUUUUCAUUGACGAAGAUAUGUUUCGUCUAUGCGGUUUUGUUUUUAUUCUCGACCGAUCGCUGUAAUCAAACGAAAUUUUCGAUACUUGAAUUCGAUAUUCAAGUAUCGCUCUGGUGCUUGUGUAUUUGAUUCACGUUGAAACAACUGAACAUCCCAUUAGCUGGAUUUUGCUUGGAGGAUAAUGUAAAUUCAAUUGUUCCGCAUACGAUCGUCGUAAACUGCAAUGCUGUCGUUGAAGAGACACACUUCUCCUAGUCGUGUAAUGUAUUUGAACAAUUUUCACGUUGAUAUUUUAUCAAUAUAUGAUUAAUAUAUUAUAA